GCGGUCUGACAUCAGAAACAACCAUGGACCUACAGCUGAGGAUUCUCUUCUUCUUUACAGUGAUCAUGUUUUCUGCUGAGGAGGUGAAGAGUGAACUGAAAGGUGUUGAAGGACGAUUCAUCACGUUUCCUGAUCCUGUGCUGGAGUUUGGAUUUCUGACAUUUCAAGGAAAGACUAUCGCUACGGUGAUGGAAGGAGAAUUUGAGGUGUUGGAGGAAACUUACAAGGACAGACUCUCCUGGAACAACCAGACUGGACUCUUCACAAUCAGAGUCCUGCAGAGGGCCGACUCUGGUGUUUAUGUGACUGACUCCAAAAAAGGAACUGUCUCCUCUACAUCUCAUCAACUCACAGUUUACGAGCCUGCUGCAGCUCCUGUAGUGAGAACUCUGAAGGUAAAGGCAGACAGCUGUACUCUGCUGUGUUCGGUGAAUGGGACUGAAGAGAUGACUCUGCUGUGGUACAAAGACGAGAAGAUACUGAAGCGGAGCGGCCCUGCUGUCUGUCUUCCUCUCACUGUACAAAAACAGGACUUCUCAUCAUCUUAUAGAUGUGCAGCAGCCAAUCCGCUUGAAGAAAAGUCACUGAUCUUCGACGCUACGGCCUCCUGCAGGGGAGACGGUGGUACGAGCAGCAACACCGUGGUCUCAUCUGUUUCUGAAAAAGCAAAGACAGAUCUGAAAGGUGUUGAAGGACGAUCCAUCACUUUUCCUGAUCCUGUGCUGGAGUUUGGAUUUCUGACAUUUGAAGGAAAGACUAUCGCUAUGGUGACGGACGGGGAAUUUGAGGUGUUGGAGGAAACUUACAAGGACAGACUCUCCUGGAACAACCAGACUGGACUCUUUACAAUCAGAGUCCUGCAGAGGGCCGACGCUGGUGUUUAUGUGACUGACUCCAAAAAAGGAACUGUCUCCUCUACAUCUCAUCAACUCACAGUUUACAAGCCUUUGGAAGUUCUUAAAGUGUAUCGGGAAUACAUGUGGCUCGAUGACUGCUGGUUGGAGUGUUGGCUGAAUAAUUAUGAAGAGACGACUCUGGUGUGGUACAAAGAUGAUGAAAUAUUGAAGCAGACCGGCUGGUCCUCGUCCAUUAAAGUACACAGACAGGACUUCAAUUCAUCUUAUAGAUGUGUGGCGGUCAAUCCUGUUGAAGAAAAGACUGUUCGUGUGAACGUUACGACUCUCUGCAGUUCAGAUGCCCCACAGACCUGGUGGUUCCUGACUCCUUUGCUCGCCUUUAUGGCUGUUGUGGCUUUUUGCAUCAUUUGUUCAACCAUCAGGAGAAAGAGGAAGAGAGAGAGAGAGAGGGAGAGAGAGACGGCCAAUCAACACUCAUAUGAAGCCUGCAGUGAUGAAGCGGUUUGAUCCAGACCAGGACUACCCAGAGAAACGACUGGGCCUCUGAAAGGCACAUCAUCAUGACUUUGUAAAAAUCAGUCCACAAGGUAGAUUCUGAUCUUCUGGAGACAUUCUUUGAUCAUGCAUGCUGUUUCCUUCCCUGUCCAUCCAUUUUCUACACCCCUCAAUAGAAUAGAUUUUAAGAUUCUUACUGGUUUUAAAGCUCUUCAUGGUCUUGGUCCAUCUUAUUUAUCAGAUUUGCUUUUACCUUAUGAGCCCUGUAGAGCCCUCAGGUCUUCAGGACGUUCUCUGUUAACAGUGCCUAAAGUUAAAACUAAAACAUCUUUUU